CAUACAUCACCUUUUUUUUGUAGGGCUUCUUUGGUGGACUUCAACACAGAAGUGAAGACUAUGAAACACCAGGACAGCAACGCAAAAACCGACAAUGAUUUCCUGCACACGGCUAAACAUCCAUCUGAUGUGCCACUUCCGAUGCUCAGCAAGGAUGCCUCCGAAGAUGUGGUUCCGAGAGUUUGCCGCGUGCGCAGAAAGGCAGCUGAAGCUGCGAUCAACAAAAUGAUGAACUCAACCGGCUCCACACGAAAGAAAAAAGGUUCAAAUACCAGUGAUGUCUGCAGCAACGCCCACCACCUCAAGAAACCAUCGGAGAAGCGACGCUACAACUGCCAGAUAUGCGAGCAAUUGUUUGCAAGAAAGCAUGAUCUUGCGGCACAUCUCAGGAUGCAUGCAAGCGAUAAGCCCUAUAAAUGCGGCACAUGCACUAAAUCAUUUAAACGAAAGGCUCAUUUCCGGGCACACACUCGCACUCACACACGAGAGAAGCCCUACCAUUGCCACGUCUGCGCUAAAUCAUUUACGCAACGGUGCAAUCUCCAGGUACACAUUCGCACUCACACAGGAGAGAAGCCCUAUCAUUGCCAUGUAUGCGCUAAAUCAUUUACGCAACAGGGCAAUCUCGGGGCACAUCUUCGCACUCACACAGGAGAGAAGCCCUACCAUUGCCACUUAUGCUCUAAAUCAUUUGCCCAGAAGUGUCAGAUGGUUGUGCAUCUCCGCACCCAUACAGGUGAGAGGCCCUUCAAAUGCCCCAAGUGCACUUUGUCUUUCGCACAGCCAGCAAAUUUACACGUACAUGAACGCCUGCAUGUUGUUUCGUAACUACAAUGCUUGUGUAAUCACAAUUUUUUAAUUACUUUUUGAGUGUGAUGCAUUUUGCUUUUAAAUGUUUCCAGAAAAUCUAGUCAAUAAAAAGUUUUUUUAAAUAUUA